UACCAGCAUUUAUCACCACCACAAUGUCUCUUGAUUAUAAACAAGUCAAAUUUGACAUCCCCAUCGCGUCGUACCGUGAUUGCACCUCCUUCAAACCAGACCUUCCCCCUGAUUACUACUACCUUGGGCCUGUAGCCACUAGUGACUCGGUCGCUGAUCAAAACGGGUUGAUCGUGAAAGCGCUCGAUGCAUCCGCCCUCGCCGACGUCGUCGGAUGGAAGAAAGUGGGGCCUAACAACGAGCCCGAGCCUCCGCCCCCCUUCUCCACAUGGCGCGGCACUGCCCCAGAGGGGUACAUCGUCGUCGGUGACUUCUUUGUCACUGGCAACAGCGAGCCAACGCCCGAGCAGACGAAGGGAAUCAAGGCGAUCAGGAAGGACCUUGUGCAUGAGCUGCGCGUACAGCGUAUGAUUUGGGAAGGAAGGCAGCCAUGGUCUGUCGUCACACUAUGGGACGUUGUGGCUGUUCCCCUCCUUUUCAUUACCACUGGCGCGUUUGCGUCCGUUCCGGAUAGGAGUGCAGACGAUACUAACUUGGCCGUAUUACGGUUCAAUGUCAAUCAAGUAUGAGAAACGUCUAAAGAUGAUUGACCGAAAUGACAAAUGUAUUAGUACUGUAACUAUUCCGCAUAUCUUGUUGUACGAGUGUUUUCCCCUAGUGAAAUUGAGUACGUAAUUGCAUUUAUUGUGGUGGCUCUAUGUUAGUAUAUAACUCGAAAAUAACUUGAACUUAAAUCAUCGAUCGAUUCCGU